UGUCACCUAAUAUUGUACUUGCUACUUCUACUGCUCCUAUACACUUACAAGAAAAGGCUGAACAAGCAUUUCAUUGGGAGCAAGUAUGCUACUAUGUCUAUUCAUCGCAAUAAACAAGUCCAGGCUGUUUAUGACAAAUGGAUCAAGGAUACUCUAGCAAAAUAUGGUUCUAUUGAAAACUAUUUACUAUCGGCUAAACUCAGGUUUGAACCUAUUCAAGAUGAAACACGGCCUCCUGUAAUCAUUCUCCCUAAUGACUUUCCAUAUGCUGUAGAAGAAGGUAUUAGUCAUAUCUUAUUAUGGUCACAAGUUCCUUUGAAACAGCCUUAUGUUGAGGAGAUUCUGGAAAAAAACUAUGGCAGUAAAUACUACGAAUGGGUGUAUUUUGUCAAUCCCCCCGAUAUUCAGAGUGUGCGCAAACUUCCUCAUGUCCAUGUCUUUAUGCGUCAGAAAUAGAAAUUAAAGUUUAGAAAAGACCCUAUCUCAAAAGACCCUGAUCUCUUUUGAAUCUCCGAGUAAAAUUCGUUCAAUAUUAAAAUUCUAGCAAUAAAAAACUUUCUAGUCC